AUGUUCAAAUCAUAUAAAUUAACAAAGAAAUAUAUAUUAUAUGUAUUAUUUAUAAUACUUUUUAAACAAAUUAGAAAUGUUUAUAUGAAUAAAAUUAGGUAUUGUUUGAAGAAUAAAAACUUUUUUUAUAUAAAAAAUAAUUUUUUUUUUUUUAAAGAGAAAAAAAAGAUAUAUUUAAAGAAACACGAAAUGGAUUUUUGUGAGGUAGAUUUGGAUGAAUUUUGUUACAAGCAGUUUGAUAAAACAAAAAAAUCUUGUUCUUAUAUUCCAUAUAAUAAAAAGGAAUUUAUUGAAAAGGUUAAUGAAUUAAUAAAAGAAAAAAAAAUUAAAGUUGUUCCAGGUUAUGCAGGUUUUUGUAAGCAUAUAUUUAUAGAAAAUUUUACUGAUGCAACAAUUGAAACAAUAGAAAUUAAUGAUAAAAAUAGGGAAUUAAUAAAAACAGAUUAUAUAUCUAGAAGAGAUAAUGAAUUGCCUGUAUUGAUCAGAUGGAUAUCAAAAAAAGAUAUAAAAGAUAUAAGAAAAGCAAAAUAUUUAGACUUAAUUUUAUACUCAAGAGAACAAAUAGAAAAAGAAAAUAAAGAAACAAAAAUUGUUCCACAUAAAAAGUCAAACUGUUUAUAUUCCAUAAUUUGCAUAAAACCACAAGAUGAAGAUUAUGAAUUACCUAUGACCCCAAUUACUAUGUUAAGAAAUACUUUAAUAACUGAAGGAGGAAGUGGUAUUAGUUUAAAUCGUGAAAAAUACUUAGAAUCAGUUAAAUAUUGGAGACAUCAUGUGUCAAUAAUAGACAAUUAA